AUGUGCGAUCCCCUGAUACUGCUGUUACUGCUGGUGGAAGUGAAAGUGACUCCGAAUUCGAGAACGACGCAGAUAGUGCUGAAGACGAAACCGGGGGGAUUUGAAGUAAUACCGGUGGUGUCAAACCCAAACGAGCUUAAUAAUGACUAUAAAAGUGUCAUCAGUAAAAAUACGGGAAAAGAACUCCAGCUACUAGCCGAUUGUAAGACUCGUUGGGGAAGCAUCUCUACUAUGGUGGAUAGAUUCAAUAGGUUAAGAUCAUGUGUAUCCAAAGCACUGAUUGACAUGAACUCUGAUAUCAAGUUCACACAGAGCGAGUUUCAUACUUUGGACAAUUUCCAGAAAAGUCUGAAUAUUAUCAAAGUGACAGUCGAAGCACAGUACCUGCGCAAUGCAACUCUAUUAACUGCUGAUGCGGCUAUGAAAUUUAUGCUACGUAAAUUAGAUAGUCAAAAUUCUACACUGUCAAGACUUCUCGCAAGAUCAUUGCGCGUGCGCAUUUCCCAAAGACGACUUUCUAUUGCAUCUACUUUGCAGUAUCUCCAAAAUCUUGAAACAUAUUUCAAUGAAGUUGCUAACGCCUAG